UCAUACGUGUCUCCACGAAACUCUCACGCUCAUCCGCUAGUUACCUUUUGCUCCUCAUCUCUCUCUUUAUAAGACUUACUUCCUCUCUUGCAUUCAACCCUCUUCUUCUUUCCCCUCUCAACCAUUUUCUAACAAAACCAAACGUUAUUAAUUCUUUUUUUUUUUGUUUUCUCUAGAAGCCAUGGAGGUUCCGAUGAUUAAUAUAAUAAGAGAUUUCGAAGUGGGCAUGAGCUCAAUUAACGACCCGUCGUUCCUCUCUAGAUCCGUCGCUGUUUCCGGUAUCGGAAAGCUACACCAAGCCUACGGUUUCUGGAAAUGGGGAGCUUUGAUUAUCGCCUUUUUAGCUUAUUUCACAAAUUUCAUUACAAGACUCAAGAGUUUAGUUGUUACUAGGUUACGAAAAAUCGAUGUCUCGAUAUCUCCACCAACUCUUUUCGAUGAUUACGACAGCGACUCCGACAUUUCCUGUUCCUCCUCUGUCUCUUCAGACAACGAAGAAGACGAAGAUGAUCAAGAAGAUGAUGAUGAAGAUGAGAAAGACGUUGACUUUAUCUAUAAUAAGGGAUGGGUCAACGGAGGCUUCCGCGUGAAAGGGUCUGAUUAUUACAGUAAUGACGACCAGGGGCAAAACGGUAAUUUCGGAUGUUUCAAAGGUAGUUUCGGAGAUUUGUUCUCGUGGCCGGAUCUCGGUGGGAUCGGGUCGAGCGGUGUCGUGAAGCUUUGGGAUCAUUUAGAUAUAGACGACGGAGGAGAUCAACGGAGCAAUGUGGUGGCGUCGUUUUUCAAGAACUGCUCCUCCUCGCCGGCGUCGUUUUUCUUGACGGCGGAGAAGAAAGGCAGAGACGCCGUUAAAGUGGAGGCGUGUGAUCCACGCGUUGGUUUUCGGAUGCCGGCGUUGCUGGCGGAGUGGAGGCAGCCGGGGAGGUUUCUCGGGAAUAUAGUCGGAGUUGACGUCGGCGGCGUAGAGAAGCUAUACGUCAGGGAUGACGUCAGCGGGAAAAUCGCCGUGGGAGAUUUGAGGAAGUUUAACGGUGCGUUGACGGAGUCUGACGGUGAGACUUGGUGGGACGCUGACGUCGUUGUCGCGGGUGAUGGUUUCGUUGAGGAGAAGCGGCGGUGAUUAAAUAUAAUGAUUAAGAAUUUGAUUGGGACGGUUGCGUCUAUAAAAUUAAAGACGGCGAAUUACUCCAAAACGCGAAAAUGUUUAAAACGGGGACGCCGAACGUUUUGUAAAUAAUUUGUAUGUUUGCUUCUCGUCGGUUUUUAUUUUUAAAUUUGAAUAAAAUCAGCCUCCAGAUGAUUUUAUUAUAGAAAUAUAUAAAUGAUUUAAUUU